AUGCCUCGCUUCGUGUCGCGCUUUCUGGCCCUCCUCGCUCUCGUGGCCACCGCUCGCGGCGCGUGCUGCGGGCCCGGACAGUUCUGCGGAGGCGACGGCAAAACGUGCUACGAGAACACGGCCGCGAAUCUGCUCGUGCAGGGCUGCGGCGUCCUCUCGUGCUGCUCGUGCCAGACGUCCUCCAUCGUGACCCCGAAAGGGCUCUGCACGUAUCAGUACUGCAGCGGCGGCAGCGCCUUCGCCCUUCAGGUCACCGAGAUCUCGGGCGGCGUUCGGAUCACUGACCGCGAGCGCAAGAGCAUCGUGAGCUGUUCGAGUCGGGUCGCCCCAAACUUCACGGCGGCGUGCGAGGAGAUUCACCAGCCCGGUCUCGACCUGAUCACAGUCGGCUACGACACGAUGUGCGACCCUCGAUGGAACAGCCUCUACUGCGACGCUACUGUUUCCGCGGUCGCCCUCGCCGCACUCGGCGAGGCGCCCUGGCCAGCUCGCGGGCCUACCUUCGCGGCUGCGGCGCUGCUCGUGCUCGCCGGCGCAGCGCUGCUCGCCGCGGCCGGCUACUUUGGCGGCUUCCUCUUCGGCCGCAUGAGGACGGGUCGGGCGGCGCGCCAGGGCGUGCGGCUGGAAGACGGGCCGGCGCCAGAGACCCGCUCUCUCUCUUUCGGGAAUGACCCGCUCAUCGACCGGCUCGAGAAGAUCGCCAAACUGAAGCGGCUGCUGGACGCGGACGCGAUCACAAAGGACGAGUUUGAGAAGUGCAAGGCGGAGCUCAUGCAGCGGCUGUAG